ACUGAAUACUUGGCUAAAUCCAAUAUGGCCUAUUGAGGUGCUGGAAAAGGUUGUUAGAGAUGGAAAGGAUAGCACAAGGGAUUGCGCCAUCAUUCUAUCAUGUUCUUUGAUGUAAAAUUGAUGAUCAAGUUUCAUGAUGCUGCUAGAUAUAAAAGAUUCUAUUAAGUUCAUUGAAAAUAGAAUCACGCCGCUAUUGGAGAAUAAAAUUGCACCAGCAAGAAUUUUGGAGAAGGUCAUUGCCUGUUUGAGGAAUGACAAAGGGCAAUCUGCUAAGAAAAGUACUCACUACACAUUUAUUAGCAUAAGAGACGUGAAAGAUCUUGGACGUCAAACAUGUGCAACAUUAGCAUCAUCUCAAGUUAACAAAAAUUCAAGCAGAGGUGGAAGACAGUUGCAUGAUUGCCAUGCACUACUAAUUGGAGUUCUCACAGAUAAGCCCAAAAUAAUAGAUGAGAAAGAGCUAGCUUGGAACUACCUUUACUUGGAAGAUGAUAGUGGUGCCCUCAGUUUGUUGGUUCAACACCAAAGUGCUUGUUGCAUUGGGAAAUUGGUUUUGAUUAAAGACUGGAAAUACAUGCCAUGUUAUUCAUCAGAGGAUCUUUGUUUUUCCUAUAUCGAGGCAAUUUCAAGCUUCUUUGACAUUUUACCAGUUCAUGGAGGCCUUUGCCAAAUUCCACCGAAGAGAACCUCUGGAAGAUCCAUCAAAAGGAACAAGGAUUUUUCAGGGAAAAUUAAAUUCAUGAGCCCAGUUUUUGAGAAUUGGGGAAAAAGUAAACAAGCAAGAUUAGCUAAACAUGGCUGUUUCAACACAUCAACCCAUUGUUUCCUGAUAAAACUAGACACUGGGAAUGUCGCCGUUGUGGGUCACGAGAUGUUGCAUUGGCGGGAGUUAUUGAAGCCAAAUGACCUUGUCGUUUUUGCCAAUACAUUUAACAUCCAGCUGAACAGCCCUAAUUUCAAGACCAAGCUAAUUGGUGUGGAUAAAGCCUCGUCAUUUACGGUGACGGGUGCAAGUGAACUGGUGAAGGUUGAUAUUGCCAAUGCGACUGCAAACACCAUUGUGAAUUACACGGGUGUUAUCAGUAAAUGUACGUUGGUGGAUGAUGGGAUCUUCGAACUGGAUCGAACCUAUAGACUUGUCGUCUCUCACAGUCCUGGGAUCUCCUUGUUUCGUGGUCUCCGGGUUGGCGCUGUUGUUGAUGUAUAUAAUGCCCAUCUUUUGAGAUUUGAUGGGAUUGUUCAUCUCUGCUGCUGCGCUUUAAGCACAGUCAAGAUAAAGCAGUUUUCCUUCUCUUUUUAUCGCCAAAGGCCUUUCUUCGCUGGAAACAACAUCUUGACGAAAGAUUGUUUUAAAUACCAAAUCAAAGAUUAUUUGAUGUUACUCAAAGUGGUAGACUUCCUGUGCAACGAAUUCAAUUGGCUCACGAAAGAUGAUUCUCGAAAUGUCGUCCUUUCUCUCUUGAGCGACUUCUUUAAGGAUCCCAGCUUGGAAAGGAACAUAUUCAGCGAGUUCCUCACCCAACCACACCACUGCAUCAUAUCAGCUGACAGAAAAAUUCCUUUCCCGAACGUAGUUCUUGCGGGAAACGUCUUAGAUUUGGUGAAAAGGAGAAAACUGAAGGAAUCCGAGAACGCUUGGAUUACUGGAGAGAGGUACGACAGGAUGUACGAUUCCGACAGUGCUGAAAACUUAUGGGCUUAUCAAGUUUUGAGUCAAGCUGAUCUGAAUAACGUGAUUAUCGUGGGUGAAUUCAAAAUCUGCAGUGAAACAGGGAACAUGCAAUUAACAGACUCUAAGCGAGAAAUUGGUGUUUUGUUUAUACCCCAAGAUGGCAAUGAACCUAGCAGGCAGCGCAUUCAAAGAUGGAUCUAUAACACGAUUUCAACGGGAAAGAAAUGUAUCCUAGGUUUGAAGAAAUACACAGUCGUUUCAGAGAAAUUUAAAGCCGCAGAUAUUGAUAUUGGAGUGCAAAAAACGUAUCUUAUAGUAGAUCCGUUUGAAGAAGGGAAUAUUUGCUUUAUGUGCGAUGAAAGCACGGAAAACGAUGCACAUGAUGGGGUAUUUGGGUCUGGAGGACGCAAACGGAAAAGCGGCCCUAUUUUGUGCGAAAAGGCUGCAAAGAGCAGAUUGACGGAAGUAGGGAGGUUAGAAAUGGGGUUGGCAGAGCGCGCCACUAGUACUCCUUUAAAUGACAAAAGACACAAAGAUAUUGUGCUGCCAGGUGCAGAGAAUGAGUCUAUUGCAAAAGCAAGACCAUGCUUAAAAGAAAAGGAUAUCUGCACCAAAAAAGGGACCGCCCAAACAACCAAAAGAAAGGAAAAAAAAGCACAAUCUAAUAGACAAAUCUCAGUCAACUUGAACUGCGUGCUUGUUGCAAAAGAUACGAAAAGGGAUUCUUUUUGCGAUGCCAAGUUCGUUGUCGUUUUCAUUGGGUUUGUGAGCCUACCGUAUGCUGCACGUGAAAGCAAUGGGGUGUAUAGCUCCAACGUCGAAGGUACACUCAUUGGAGAGAUAUGCAAUUCAGAUGAACAGAGAACACAAGAUAAGCAUGGCAGACAUGCAAAUGAUAGUUUUACUCAACUGGAAGACAGUUCUUCUUCCAUCUUUGAUAGCUUUCUAGAAGAAGACGAUCCUUCAACAUUUGUUCCGCUAGAAAACAAGAAAAUCAGAAUUUUUCUUAAGUACUCUCGUGAACUAAAAAAACAGUUUUCUCAGCUACAAGAAGGCAACUUGUAUGUUUUUGAAAUCGAGGAAAUCGACAUUUCCAACGGCAUUAUCCAUUGCGAUUUAGAAUCUAGUCGCAAUGCCGCAUUCUAUCUGGCAGAAAUGAAAAGAAGCAAAAUUUAUGUUGAAGAAAGUUGCGUUGCAACUCUGACAGAUGACGUCAUUGAGCUGAUCCGAAGCCUAUUCAGGACUUACUGCAGAAUCAUGUUAACAUCCACUGUACGCAUCGCUAUUACCACGGCUAGAGACACUUUCAGCUCGCUUUCUGGAAGCUAUACGUCAUUCAGUGGCAUCAUCUCUUCGAGGGACAUUAAGCUAAAUCGUCCUGUAAAUACACAAAAGAAAGCUUGGGCAAACGGUUACUUCAUCAAACUGUAUAAGAACUAUGCAGCAACACUUUGUCUUCGCGUAAAUGAUAUUCUAACGGCCGAUGAGAUAACAGUGUAUAUAAACCUUGAGGACUUCGACUUGCCCGAUGGACUGCUGCCGGGUGCUUUCGUUGAAUGCAAGAAAUUAGAAAUUAGUAUGUCUAAGUCAAAGAACCUUUAUUGCUCAGCUAGGAAAUGCAGCUGUUUCCGGGUCGUUUGCUUCAAUCAAACUUAUCGUGAAUGCUUGCAACAAAGGAACACAAUCUGUUCUAGAGAUUUAUCUGUAAUAUCAAUGCUGAAAACAACUUUGAGCAGAGUUAUCCUCGCUGAAAAGGAUAGAUUGUCCCACGUCACUUGGCAGCUUGAUCUUGACUUCAUUGCUGUGCGUUGGGCAUCAAUUUUUUGGCGUUGCCGUGCUUGCAGAAAGAAGGUUGCGGCAAACUGUUGCACUUAUGGUUGCUUACAGCGUUGGCAGUUUUUCUGUCAAAUGAGUGUCAUAGUGGGUGACGGCUCUGGUGAAGUGUACCUUCAAAUCGAACAAGAACUGCUUAAAAACCUUUUGUCCUUCUCUCCUGAAGAAUGGACCGCCAUAAAACAACUCGCCAAAAUCGACGAAAUUUCGUAUGUAAAAGAGCCUCCGAAAGAAGCUCAAGAAGCCUGCCAGUCUGGACAAUCUACAGUUGCUUCAAAAAGGAAAUUGGCUGAGAGCGACCUGCGGAAGUUGUUUAUGGAAAUCCAUACAUUAGGGCCGUUCACUGUUGACUGCCGACUGUUUAACAACGAAACACGUCCAGCUCAAUACGGACCGAGGCUGAGAGCAAUGCGCCUUGGGAGCAAAGAAUACCUCAUGCAGGCGCCACGUGAAAUCAACCUACAAGCAAUCCGUAUAAGCACCCUCGAUUACGCAUCAGAAUCUCAAAGUUUGCUACAGAAUCUAAUGUCAAGUUGAUUCGUCAUAUUUCAUAUUAGCUUCGAAAACAACUUGUUCGUUCUCCUCAUUUAUUCAUCAUCGUUAAAAAGGUUUAUUGUUUGCUCAAUACUCAUCUUGUCUAUUCCAUUUUGGGUAUAAAUCUGUAUCGUAACGUAUAAAUGUUUUGUUUCUAAAAAGUUUUGUUUUCAAAUGCAUGUGAAAUUUUAUAGUUGAUGUAGAACACGCCAGGAAAAGAUAACAAUGUGGAGAUGUCUAUGAAUAACAUCGAAACGAGACUUUACAAUUUUACACUUUAACAAACCUGGUACUAUUUAUUUAAAUAACAAAGAACUUGGUAUUUUGAUAUCAGUAUAGAGCAGUGUGUCUGACAGCAAUUCUGAAAACCAAGGUCAUGUAUUUGAUAAUGUCACCACAUUAUAUUCUGUUAUAUUACUUUUCAACUCGAAGGAAUUUGUAUUGCUACUGAAUAUUGUGUGUUGAACGGCAAAAAUGCAAUCAUCUUAAACUUCAAGAAAUGUUUCUAUCUUUUCUCAUUUUCAUUUUUCAAGGUAAUAUUACACACUUUGAUA